AUGGCAGGUAAACGUCCUAUUUUAUCUUUUUUUCGAAAUAGAAAAAGAAAGAUAAAUGACAAUAUUGAUGAAAUUUCAUCCUCUCCUGAUACUUUUUCCAAUAAUUCAAAAGAGACUCAAAGUGAUGCAGAAUUAAGUAAAGAAGCCUCAUCGCUAGAAACACCAACAGUAUUAGUAUCAGCUUCAUCAAUAUCAAUUACAUCAUCACCAGUUGCAUCAACAACAGCUUCUCCAACAUCAGUUUCAUCAACAACUUGUCCAACACCAGUUUCACCAACGUUAAUUUCAUCAAUAUCGAUUGCAUCCCCAUCAAAUUCAUCGACAACUGCUUCAUCAACACCUGUCUCACCAACAACAAUUUCAUCAACUUCAGAUUCAUCUAAAAGUAAAUUAAAAUGUCAAUUGGUUUGCUGUACAUCAGAUGGUCCAUUCGUCCCUCAAAGUCAGUCAGAUCUCAAAAUAUCAGGUGAUAAACGAAGUUGUCAAUUAGGAUGGUUUUUAACAUAUAAAUGGCUUUCUUAUUGUAAGAGUGAAAAUAAAACUUAUUGUUAUUAUUGUCGUACAGCUUAUUUUGGUGGUUAUCAUCCUGAAUCGAAUAAAAUUGGAGAAACAGCUUUAACAUUUAAUGGUUAUGCAGAUUGGAAGAAUGCUCUAGCUCGUUUUGCUAAACAUGAGUCUGGUAAAAUACAUGGUGAUUGUGUAUACUUAGUAAAGCAACAACUAAAGCCAACAGUUGCUGCUCGCUUAAAUCUUACACAUCAAGUUCAACAAGGUCAACGACGACGUAUGCUUCUGACAGAGGUUGAGUGUAUUAGAUAUUUAUUGAGACAAGGUUUAGCCCUUCGUGGUCAUAUAGAAGAUGAAGGAAAUUUGAUUCAAUUAUUGAAAUUACGUCAAGAUGAUAUAGAUGGUCUCUCUGUAUGGAUUAAAGACGGGAAUUACUUGUCGCAUGAUAUUAUCAAUGAAAUUUGUCAAAUUAUUCCACUAUCAAUUAUUCGUGGUUUACUGAAAGAAGUAACAGCAUUGAUUUUGACAGCUGUAGUUUUUCGAAUUGGAGAACGAAACUUCUAUAGUAUUAUAUGUGACGAAACCCGAGAUGAAUCUGGUACAGAACAAUUGUGUUUCACAGUUAGGUCAGUUGACAGUAACUUCACUAUUCAUGAAGAUGUACUUGGUUAUGAUGGUGCUUCAUCUAUGGCUGGACAUUUAUCUAGUGUAUCAACUAGAAUCAAGAAUUUAUGUAAAAAAGCAUUUUACAUCCAUUGUUGUGCACAUUCGCUUGAUCUUGCCUUACAAGAUCUGACUCAUACAUCAUCAAGUAUUUCAAGUGCAUUAAAUUUGACACACGAUAUCGUGGUUUUUAUGAAAGAUUCCCCGAAGAGACUGACUUUAUUAGAUAUAUUAAGUGGGUUAGAUUCUUAUGCAAAGCCAAAGCCGCUUUGUCCAACCCGAUGGACAGUGCGCUCAUCUUCCAUGAAUGUUUUAUUGAUCAACUAUUCUUUGAUAAAGACAGCUUUAAUGAAAAUUAGCCAAGAAGGUGGACAUGCAGCGCCAAAAGCAAAUGGUUUAUUCGAACAUAUGGUAAAAUUUUCUUCUUAUUUUGGAUUAAAACUAGGUCAUUUAAUCUUUUCUGCCACUGAGGAAGUAUCGUGUAUGUUCAGCGGCGUAUCCAAGGGGAGGGCAAAUGGGCAAUUGCCCAUUUCAUUUGGGGAUUUGCCCAUUGUAAUUUUUAUUAGUAAGUUUUUGCCCAUUGAAAUUUUACUUAGCAGAUAUACCCAGGCGGUUUCUUUUUGUAUAACCCUUAG